AAAUUACCGAUAACGGGUUUGAAAUAAAGUCCGCAGGGCAGCAGCCGCAGAGCCCACGUCGGCGGAAGGAGCGCCUGCCGGGCCGGGAAGGGUCGUGCCGUGCCGUGCAAUGCCGUGCCGGGCCGCUCCGCCUCGUCCACGCGCGUCGGACCCGCUCCGCCUCUCAUUGGCGGCGCCUCUGAUCCCGCCUCUGCGUCCCGACUUCUCGUUUAGUUUCAGCCGUCGGCGGUUCGCUCUGGCCGCGCUUCAUGAAUAUAUAAAGCGGCCCGGAGCCACGGCUUUCUAAGGGGGAGGGUUUGCGCCUUCUUUAGGAAGGUUCCGCUUCUCGUCUUUCUCGUAAAGUGGUCGGUGCGGAAUUCGGCUCCCGGGUGGGUGUGUCGGAGCGGAGCAGAUCGCGGCGCUUCUACUCACCUCGGGACGGGGCGGGGGGAGGAAGAGCGGAAAAGUUCAAUAUGAAUUUAGUGUGAAGCUCGGACCAGAGUUACUAGCAUGGCCAUCUGGACCCGAGCGGACAAAAAUGGACAGCUGGACCUCCUGUUUCGGGACCGCUGGAUCCGUGUUUCAGCCGAGCUGACCCAAGAGACUUUAACUCUUUCGGCCGAGGCGGAGAUAACUGGACCGGGGAAUGACGCCGAUCACGCAUCGCCGGGCCUGCGGAGCUCGGUGUCCAAUGGAACCCAAUCAGGAGCAUCUCCGGAUAAUCCGAACCGCAGCCGGACGCAGAGCCACGGCGUGCCGCGACGGAGCAGCAGCCCAGUGCGCGGGGGUGUGGGCAGGGGUCAGUCCGAUGGCAGCCACGGCUUCGCCAGUCCCGGUUUGGCCAGGUCGGCAAACGACAACGGAACUAAUUCUGAUUUUGGCAGCCCGGGAUCCAGCUACGGUAGCCCUGGAUCCAGCGUAAGUUCUAAGCACGGUGAUCCCGCCGCCAACUUCGACAACAACCCGUCGGAGGGAGUGCGGAAAGUUCGUGUUAUCAAGCAGGAGUCGGGGGGACUGGGUAUCAGCAUCAAAGGGGGCAGGGAGAACCGAAUGCCCAUCCUGAUCUCGAAGAUCUUCCCGGGACUCGCAGCGGACCAGAGCCAGGCUCUCCGUGUGGGCGACGCGAUCCUGUCUGUCAACGGGAUCGACCUCCGCGACGCGACGCACGACUCUGCGGUGCAGGCGCUUAAGAAGGCCGGCAAAGAGGUGACGCUGGAGGUGAAGUACAUCAGGGAGGUGUCGCCACUCUUCAAGAAGCCCAAUCUGGCAUCGGAUCUACCUUGGGAUGCAAUUCGGGAUGGGGUGCGGGGCACGCACUCCCCCAGCCUGGGCGGGAGUGAGGACUCCGGCUCCCCGACCCACCGGGGCUUCAGUCCCAAGGAUCGGAAAGUCAUACCUCUGAAGAUGUGCUACAUCUGCCGGAACCUGACCAUGCCGGACUUGGAGAACAGGCUGCUGGAGCUGCACUCCCCCGACAACCUGCACACAGUAAUCCUGCGCUGUAAAGACAGUGCCAGUGCCAACUCCUGGUUCACGGCGAUCCACGCCAACAUCACUGCCCUGCUGCCCCAGGCGCUGGCCCACAUCAACUCCAUCCUGCGCAUGGGCGCCGGCGGUUCACACCGCCACGUCAAUCACAUUGGCUGGCUGGCCGAGCAGAUGCAGAUGGACGGCAUGCGGCACCACUACCGGCCGAUUGUCAUGGCGCUGACAGAUAAAGACAUCCUGCUUUUUUACUCGGUGCCCUGGACCCAUGAGGCGUGGGCCUCCCCCAUGGUGAUACACCCACUGCUGGCCACCAGACUUGUGCAUUCCGGCAGUGCCCGUGGCUCCCCAGCGCUGGGCGGGGACCUUGUGUUCGGCACACGAACGGGCACGCCACGUGGGGUCGAGUCCCAUGUUUUCCGAGUAGAGACGCACUGGGACCUGUCGACGUGGACGCGGGUGCUGGUGCAGGGAGGCAACGCAGCCGCCGCGCUCGUGAAGGAGGUGUCCAUCGGCUGCCUUUUCGGCCAGCAGGAAGUGCGGCUCACCGUGCACUAUGAGAAGGGCUUCACCGUCACCCGCGAGAAGGACGACUCUGCAGGGGACCCCGUGCUCUUCCGCUACCCCUUCGAGAAGCUUCGCAUGUCGGCCGAUGAUGGGGUCCGCAACCUUUACCUGGACUUCGGGGGGCCCGAGGGCGAGCUGGGGUUCGACCUGAACACCAGCCCCAAACCCAUGGUGUUUGUGCUCCAUUCCUUCCUGUCUGCUAAACUGACGCGCCUGGGGCUGCAGACAUGAGGCCAAGGAGCCAGGAGGGGGCAGCAUCUUCCUUCCCGUUACUCCUGUGCCAUCCAUGGCAACCGUGCGGGCCUGUCCCUGCCAUCUGCCUGCCUGUCUGUCUGUCUGUCCCCGGCCGUCUCUGCAUGUGUGCGCUCCGUCAGACCAGGUGGCUCUGCCACUGGCUCUAUCAGGAUUGCCGAAUGUGCCUUAAGUGAAAUGAGGACGAAAGGAGGAAGAAAAAGCUUAUUAAACUGUGCCAUUUCUUUUUUUUUGCCGUUUUAAGAGGCCAUAGUGUUAAAAGAUGCUUCAAACGAUAUGCACAGAAAUAGCGACAUAUAUAUUUUUAUAUACUUUCUCUAUUUUAUUUGUUUUACUCUGCAUGACUUGAUUGUACUUUUUAUGACAUUCUAGUUGUUGGAAGCGGGAGCCUGACUUUCCCAGGGUCCUUGAUCACGAAAGUUCAGCACUACCCAGUGCCCCCCCCCCCCCCCCCCCAGUGUGACGGCACACCUUUGACCCCAUAAUUAACAUAUUUAUGAUUUAUUCAUUUCGCGUCGUUACAUUUUCAUUAUUUGCCAAACCACACCUCCCCCUUCAUCUUUGUCAUGUUUUUUCCCCUCUGAAUUUAUACAAAUAUGAAUGUGUGCUGGUUGAGGUUUUGUGCCCCCCCCCAGUGGUCAGCAGGAGUACUGCUUCUCACUUACUCAUUGACAUGCUAAUCUGCAGUCUCCUGCUGCCUCUGAGACACAUUCGUCACACAUGCAGUACCAGUCAAAGGUCUGGACAUACCGAUUUACAAUAAUUUGUUUUUCAACAAGAUAAGUAACCCUAAGCACACCAUGACGUUAUGCAAGUACCGCAUUAUCUUGUGAGCAUAGUAAGAGAUGGAGUGCUGUAACAGAUAACCUGGCCCCCACAAUUCCUCCCAACCAUGACUUAGCAGUGCUGUCAUCAAAGCAAAGUAGGGGCAUUUUAAGCUGUCUAAAAUUUGAGAAAAAUUUGUAAUGCUGAACACUUCUCCUGGUUGCUGCAGUAUUUGACAUGUAUUACUUCAUGGCCUCAAGACCUUUUACUGUACGGUGAAUAAGAGCUAAAAUGGAGACACGCGCAUUAAGAGCAGGUGUGUCUAGACUUUUGACUGGUAGUGUACCAGGACUUGCCAUGGGUGUUCUGGCAGCUUAGGCAAGAUUCUGACCCUGACGCCCCCCCUCUGCGCCCCCCCUCAGCCUCCCAGAGCAACAGAAUUUGGUCCGAGUCAUUUCAGUUACAACAUUUCAGUAUUGCAGGAUAUCUGGUUAACAAAUAUCUGUUUCACAAGACAAGUAGUGAAAGAUUAAGUCUAGUGUAAAUAAUGUCAUGGAAUGCAACCAGAGGCAUUUCUUCUGAUUUUCCUUCACUUGCUCUUUUGCCCCCAAUCAAAUGGCACCCUAGAUGAUCCUCUGUUUUUCCUGUAGGGUGGGCCAGUCUUGCUGUUAAACCACUUUUACAACGUGACGAACGGGUUAGAACCACAUCUGAUUUAUUCUGAGAAGCACAGAUUUAUGUUUUACCGCGUUCUCUAGAGUAAUUUUCCGCAUUCCCUUUGCUUUCACAUGAAAUAUUUGAAGUACUACAAUCAGGGCUACAUUAACGCAGCCGCGGCCCCGUGGAUAGGGGUGGGAUGCAUCGUAGUUCUUAAGUCUUCCACAUGUUGCUUAUGUGUUGAAAUCAUUUAAAGCAGAAUGUAUUACACAAGACCUUAAAGAAGAAUUCAUCUUGGAUGUACGUGCCUUGAUGUUGCAGUUUCCUGCCGUACUAAGGAAUCUGGAAGAUCGAUAACGGACUUGUCAUAACAGGACGAGAUGUCCGUAGAGUUCUCACAAUAUGACUGAUGUAUGUUUUUCUGUUCUGUGGUGUUAAUUUUAUGAGUAUUACCCCUUAUGUGUUACUUAGGAUUAAUAUUUCUUAUGGACUGAGGGGGCUUUGCUAUUCUGUUAUGGAGAUGAACCAGGCCCCCCCUCCCGGCCGCGUUUCUGCACUCCUGCUGCAGUCAGUCAGUCAUGCGUCUGGGCUUUUUUUUUUUUUUUUCGGGGGGGGGUCGCUAUGCGUCUCCUGCCGUAUUUUAUUUCAAUUUUGAGGCACCCAAAAGCCAGGUCAUUGUUUUCCAGAUUUAUGCAGCCUGAGGAAAGUUUAGAGAAUAUGUAAGUUCUCUCGGGCAAAAGGAUUUUCUCUGCUGAUAUCUGUUUCGGACGGAUCGGUUUAAACAGCCACGCAGUUGUUGUUUUAUUAUUAUCAUUAUUGUUGUUAUUCUUAUUAUUAUUAUUAUUAUUAUUAUUAUUAUUAUUAUUAGUAGCAGUAUUAUUAUUUGAUUAUUUUUAAAGUUGUACCAGACUAGUUCACUAAACUGAAAUGACCUAGUCUGUCUUCUGACUGUUAAGCUUCUGCUAUGCUACUGUCAGGUUAUUGCGCCCUGUUUAAAUAGUUAUGCUUGUGUGUGGAAGGGAGGCUCGUCCAACCAAAGAUUUCAACAGCAGUGAGCAUCCGUUGCAAUCACAUAUAUCACAAUCAAAAGGGUUUACUGCUGUGAUUUUUUUUUUUUUAAACUAUGUACUACAUUUUAAGCCUGCACUCUUAAGACAUACAAAUAUAUAGCACUAUUUCAAUGUUAAAAUAUUAAAACUGUAAAUAUCUUAUAAAUUAAAAAAAACACUUUUCCCA